AUGGUGCAUCUAACACCCAACGUAGGGAUUGGCGCCGCUUUUACUAUUCCUUCCGCGCAAGCUCAUAUUGCGAUUCAUUUUCCCGAUCCAGCAAAGAAGGCAAGCGCUCUUGGAAUUUGGGGUGCGUCGGGUUCUCUCGGCUUCAUUAUUGGCCUCAUCUUAGGUGGAAUUCUCACGGACUUGCUUGGAUGGCGCUGGAUAUUCUGGGCGUCUUUGAUAUUCUCGGGGGUGGUAACUCCUGCCACGUAUUUGUUCCUACCCGCUGUAGAUCGAUCCAGACAUCGACGAGCGCCAUCUCCUGAAGUUCCAUCGAACGAUGACCAGCCUACGAACUCGAAACCACUUCUGAAAUACAUUAAAGAGCGCCUCCUUCGAUUUGACGCCCCUGGAAUACUCCUUGGGCUCCCUGGGAUCAUCACUUUAACCUACGCACUCACGUCUUCUAACCAAGAUGGCUGGGGCUCCCCUCCGAUCAUCUCGACGCUCGUAGUCUCGAUCUUCCUACUGAUUUCUUUCAUCCUGUACGAACGCCAGGCGGCUUCCGCAAUUCUUCCAACUCACCUCUUCAAGUCAUCUAGUUUCAAUCUCACAUUGAUUCUAGCUAUCGACACCUAUGCUGUCCGCCAAGCAUGCACUUAUUUCCUCACAGUCCAACUUCAAUCCUUCGGCAACAGUCCAAUCCACACGUCAGUCCUGUUCAUCCCACUCGGUGUCAGCGCAUUGAUAUCGAACACUAUCGCUGGACGCUUGGUACCAAUCCUUGGAGCACGUGUCAUGUUCAUUCUAGGCUGGUCGCUAUCGAUCCCUGGCGUGCUUCUCUUCUCCUUCAUCGAAGACAACUCUUCCUACUGGCGCUUCACCUUCCCCGCCAUGAUCCUCUACAUUGCUGGUAUUGGUGCCGUCUACAUCACCGCCAACUUUGUCGUCGUCUCUUCUGCUUCCAAAUCCGAUCAAGGGGCAGCAGCUGGCGUUUUUAACGUUGCGCUCCAAGUCGGAGGUUCGAUCCUAGGUCUUGCUGUACUCACUGCCAUUGCUCAAGGUAUCGAGAGGAAAUUGGGCCCGCCAGAUGUGCCAGCUGGUGAUUUCAGCCAUGUUGCUUAUCAGAGCGUCUACUACUCUUGUGUAAUUCUUUGUGUGGUCGGCUUGGUUUUGAGCAUAUUUUUUAUUCGCGUUCCCGACAGUAUGACUGGUAGUAUCUGGAAAAACAAUACUGUCCCUGCCGCCACGAUGGGAUCAACUGAGCCUUCCGCGAACCGCUUUGAACUUCAGGAGAGAACGACGAUAGUGGAAAAAAGUCGACAAGUUGUGAAGUGA